ACAACCUUUAACUGUGUGAAAGAAAAGAAAAAAAAAAAAAUUCAAAAUAUAUACCAUGGCUGCUAAACUACUUCUAUUAUUUGCCAUAUGCCGUUUAAUAGUAAUCGUGGGUUUAACCCUAAACCCAAAUGAACUCUUUCACGUGGGGAUUAAAAGUCAGUAUCCACAACUGAUUGUAAAUCCCCACGACAUAGAGUCAGUAUCUACUGACUUUGGUAAAAUGACAUUUACCAAACCCUUGGCCGUUCUGAAUCCAGAAACGACCAACGACAUUUCAAAGCUAGUAAAACUAGCUUACGAAUCACCCCAUGGCUUCGCUGUCUCUGCUAGAGGCCAUGGUCACUCCAUAAAUGGUCAGUCUCAGACAGCGAACGGUGUCGUGAUCAAAAUGACUAGAUCGAGUACAAAUCAUCAUUCCAUGCCCAAGGUUUUCGACAAGUUAAUGUAUGUUGAUGUUUGGGGUGGAGAGCUAUGGAUUGAUGUGCUAAAAUCUACAUUAAAAUAUGGGCUAGCACCAAAAUCAUGGACAGAUUACUUAUAUCUAUCGGUUGGUGGAACACUAUCUAAUGCUGGAAUCAGUGGGCAAGCUUUUAAUCAUGGCCCCCAGAUUAGUAAUGUUCAUGAAUUGGAUGUCGUCACAGGAAAAGGUGACAUAGUAACGUGCUCGAAGGAUACAAAUCCGGACGUGUUUCAUGCUGUACUAGGCGGGUUGGGUCAGUUUGGGAUCAUAACUAGGGCCAGAAUUGCGUUAGAACAUUCACCUCAAAGGGUGAGAUGGAUACGGGUUCUAUAUUCCAACUUUUCGGCUUUUACCCAAGAUCAAGAAUAUCUCAUAUCGUUACAUAAUCAACCAAGGUCUAAAAAGUUUGAUUACAUUGAAGGUUUUGUUAUCGUCGAUGAAGGCCUAAUCAAUAACUGGAGAUCGUCUUUCUUUUCCCCUAAAAAUCCGGUUAAGAUCUCGUCUCUUGGUGCUGGUGGCAAUGUCUUGUAUUGUUUGGAAAUAACAAAGAAUUACUAUGAGGGGUCGAAUUCUGAUACUAUUGAUCAGGAAGUGGAAGCUUUGUUGAAGAAUCUAAACUACAUACCAGCAACAGAGUUCACUACUGACCUUCCUUAUAUGGACUUCUUAGACCGGGUUCACAAGGCGGAAUUGAAACUCCGGUCCAAGGGCUUGUGGGAAGUACCACAUCCAUGGCUUAAUCUCUUUGUACCGAAAUCAAGAAUUAGCGAUUUUGAUAAAGGAGUGUUUAAGGGAAUUUUGGGUAACAAGACUAGUGGACCUAUCCUCAUCUAUCCCAUGAACAAAAACAAGUGGGAUGAGAAAUCGUCGGUGGUGACGCCAGACGAGGAUGUGUUUUAUUUAGUGGCGCUGCUUCGUUCUGCUUUGGAUAACGGUGAAGAAACGCUAACGUUAAAGCAUUUAAGUAAUGAGAAUCGCAAGAUUUUGAAGUUUUGUAAAGAGGCGAAAAUUGAAGUAAAACAAUACUUGCCACAUUACACAACACAAAAGGAAUGGAUGGACCAUUAUGGUGAUAAAUGGCCCAAAAUUUAUCAAAGGAAAAUGGAGUUUGACCCCAAGCUUAUUUUAGCCACGGGUCAAAGAAUAUUCGACCCUAAUUUUGCUCCCAAUGCAAUGUCAUGGUGAAAAAAAAGAAAAGAGAAAUAAUAGUCUAGUAAUAGUAACUAACCUCUCAUGUACAUAAGGGGGUAGUGCAACAUUAUUAUAGAGGAAAUUUAACAAGUUUUUCAGCUAUGUUGGUUGUUUAGAAUGAUAGUUUUGUUCACGAUUUUUUGAUCGGGUUAGUUUUGCACCUUGUGGUUUAUAAAUAGUGAUGCGUCAUGGCACGACAAGAUUUUUCAUA